AUGCAUGUGUGCCUGGAUCUGGGUGAGGCCGGCGCCCCGGAGGCCGCCGCCUGGCCGCGCUGCGCAUCGGGGGGCGCCCGGCAUGAGCUCGCGCCCGCGGCUGCGGCUGUGCGCCCGCGCCUGGCUGCCCGCGGCCCGCUGAGCCGAGCCGAGCGCACGGCGCACCUGGGCUGUGUCCGCGGCGCGGGGCGCGGCGCCCGGGAGCAGGUGUGCGGGGGCGCCGCGUACGGGGAGCGCGGCUGGGCGGCUGGGCGGCCCCUGGGCAGGUGGCGGGCGGCGAGCGAAGCCGGGCCGGGCGCGGCGGAGCGCAGCGCAGCGCGGGGGGCGAGGCCGGCGCGUGGCUCGCUCGCUGGCUCGCUGGCUCGCGGGAGGCCGGGCAGCAGCAGGGGCAUGUGGAUACUGGCUCUCUCCUUGUUCCAGAGCUUCGCGAAUGUUUUCAGUGAAGAGCCCCACUCCAGCCUCUACUUUGUCAAUGCAUCGCUGCAAGAGGUAGUCUUUGCAAGCACGUCGGGGACGCUGGUGCCCUGCCCGGCUGCAGGCAUCCCUCCUGUGACUCUCAGAUGGUACCUAGCAACGGGCGAGGAGAUCUACGAUGUCCCCGGGAUCCGCCACGUCCAUCCCAACGGCACUCUCCAAAUUUUCCCCUUCCCUCCUUCAAGCUUCAGCACCUUAAUCCACGAUAAUACUUACUAUUGCACAGCUGAAAACCCUUCAGGGAAAAUUAGAAGUCAGGAUGUCCACAUCAAGGCUGUUUUACGGGAGCCCUAUACAGUCCGUGUGGAGGACCAGAAAACCAUGAGAGGCAAUGUCGCGGUGUUCAAGUGCAUUAUCCCCUCCUCGGUGGAGGCGUAUGUCACUGUCGUCUCAUGGGAGAAAGACACGGUUUCACUUGUCUCAGGAUCUAGAUUUCUCAUCACAUCCACGGGAGCCUUGUAUAUUAAAGAUGUACAGAACGAAGACGGCCUGUACAACUACCGCUGUAUCACGCGGCACAGAUACACAGGGGAGACGAGACAAAGUAACAGCGCGAGACUGUUCGUAUCAGACCCAGCGAACUCAGCCCCAUCCAUCCUGGAUGGGUUUGACCACCGCAAAGCCAUGGCGGGGCAGCGUGUGGAGCUACCCUGCAAAGCGCUUGGGCACCCCGAGCCGGACUACCGCUGGCUGAAGGACAACAUGCCCCUGGAACUUUCUGGGAGGUUCCAGAAGACAGUGACGGGGCUGCUCAUCGAGAACAGCCGCCCCUCGGACUCAGGCAGCUACGUGUGUGAAGUAUCCAACCGAUACGGCACUGCCAAGGUGAUAGGCCGCCUGUACGUGAAACAGCCUCUGAAAGCCACCAUCAGUCCCAGGAAGGUUAAAAGCAGCGUGGGCAGCCAGGUCUCCUUGUCCUGCAGUGUGACGGGAAAUGAGGACCAGGAACUCUCCUGGUACCGAAAUGGUGAAAUCCUCAAUCCUGGGAAAAACGUGAGGAUCACAGGGCUGAACCACGCAAACCUUAUAAUGGAUCACAUGGUCAAGAGUGACGGGGGUGCCUACCAGUGCUUUGUGCGCAACGACAAGCUGUCUGCUCAAGACUAUGUCCAGGUGGUCCUUGAAGACGGAACUCCCAAAAUCAUUUCUGCCUUUAGCGAGAAAGUGGUGAGCCCCGCAGAGCCGGUGUCCCUCGUGUGCAAUGUGAAGGGAACGCCCUUGCCCACGGUCACCUGGACCCUGGACGAUGACCCCAUCCUCAAGGGCAGUGGCCACCGCAUCAGCCAAAUGAUCACAUCUGAGGGGAACGUGGUCAGCUACCUGAACAUCUCCAGCUCCCAGGUCCGGGACGGGGGCGUCUACCGCUGCACCGCCAACAACUCGGCCGGAGUCGUCCUGUACCAGGCUCGAAUAAACGUAAGAGGGCCUGCAAGCAUCAGACCGAUGAAAAACAUCACUGCAAUAGCAGGGCGGGACACAUACAUCCACUGCCGCGUGAUUGGCUACCCAUAUUACUCCAUCAAGUGGUACAAGAACGCUAAUCUGCUUCCUUUCAACCACCGCCAGGUGGCAUUUGAGAACAACGGGACUCUGAAACUCUCAGAUGUACAGAAAGAAGUGGACGAGGGGGAGUACACCUGUAAUGUGCUGGUACAGCCACAGCUCUCCACGAGCCAGAGUGUCCACGUGACUGUGAAAGUUCCACCUUUCAUCCAACCUUUUGAGUUCCCAAGAUUCUCCAUCGGGCAAAGGGUCUUCAUCCCGUGUGUGGUUGUCUCCGGGGACUUACCCAUCACCAUCACCUGGCAGAAGGAUGGACGGCCAAUCCCGGCAAGCCUCGGGGUGACCAUUGACAACAUCGACUUCACCAGCUCCCUGAGGAUCUCCAAUCUCUCCCUGAUGCACAAUGGGAAUUACACCUGCAUCGCCCGGAACGAGGCAGCGGCCGUGGAACACCAGAGUCAGCUGAUUGUGAGAGUUCCUCCCAAGUUUGUGGUGCAACCCCGGGACCAGGAUGGGAUCUAUGGCAAAGCAGUGAUUCUCAAUUGCUCUGCAGAAGGUUAUCCUGUGCCUACAAUUGUGUGGAAGUUCUCAAAAGGUGCUGGGGUCCCCCAGUUCCAGCCAAUUGCCCUGAAUGGCAGAAUCCAGGUCCUGAGUAAUGGCUCACUCUUGAUUAAGCACGUUGUGGAAGAAGACAGUGGCUACUACCUCUGCAAGGUCAGCAACGAUGUGGGCGCGGACGUCAGCAAGUCCAUGUACCUCACAGUGAAAAUUCCUGCUAUGAUAACCUCUUAUCCCAACACUACCCUGGCCACUCAGGGUCAAAAGAAGGAGAUGAGCUGUACAGCACAUGGAGAGAAACCCAUCAUUGUCCGCUGGGAAAAAGAGGACAGGAUCAUUAACCCCGAAAUGGCCCGUUACCUUGUGUCCACCAAGGAGGUGGGAGAGGAGGUGAUCUCUACUCUGCAGAUUCUGCCAACAGUGAGAGAAGAUUCUGGUUUCUUCUCCUGCCAUGCUAUCAAUUCUUAUGGGGAGGACCGUGGAAUAAUUCAACUCACAGUGCAAGAACCCCCAGACCCUCCCGAGAUUGAGAUCAAAGAUGUCAAAGCACGCACAAUCACGCUCAGGUGGACCAUGGGGUUUGACGGCAACAGCCCCAUCACAGGCUAUGACAUCGAAUGCAAAAAUAAAUCAGACUCCUGGGAUUCUGCUCAAAGAACCAAAGAUGUUUCCCCUCAGCUGAACUCGGCCACCAUCAUUGAUAUCCACCCUUCCUCCACCUACAGCAUCCGCAUGUACGCCAAGAACCGGAUUGGCAAGAGUGAGCCCAGCAACGAGAUCACCAUCACGGCGGAUGAGGCAGCUCCUGAUGGUCCACCUCAGGAAGUUCACCUGGAGCCCACGUCAUCUCAGAGCAUCCGGGUUACCUGGAAGGCUCCCAAGAAACAUUUACAAAAUGGGAUCAUACGUGGCUACCAAAUAGGCUACCGGGAGUACAGCACAGGAGGCAACUUCCAGUUCAAUAUUAUCAGUAUUGACACCACCGGGGACAGCGAGGUGUAUACCCUGGACAACCUGAACAAGUUCACCCAGUAUGGCCUGGUGGUGCAGGCCUGCAACCGGGCUGGCACAGGACCUUCUUCUCAGGAGAUAAUCGCUACCACCCUGGAGGAUGUGCCCAGUUACCCUCCCGAAAAUGUCCAAGCCAUAGCAACAUCACCAGAGAGCAUAUCAAUCUCCUGGUCCACGUUGUCCAAGGAGGCCUUGAAUGGGAUUCUCCAGGGGUUCAGGGUCAUCUACUGGGCCAACCUCAUGGACGGAGAGCUGGGCGAGAUUAAGAAUGUCACCACCACUCAGCCUUCCUUGGAGUUGGAUGGACUGGAGAAGUACACCAACUACAGUAUCCAGGUGCUGGCCUUCACCCGUGCAGGGGAUGGCGUCCGAAGUGAGCAGAUCUUCACCCGCACCAAAGAGGAUGUUCCAGGUCCUCCUGCUGGCGUCAAGGCAGCAGCAGCCUCAGCCUCCAUGGUCUUUGUGUCCUGGCUGCCCCCGCUCAAGCUGAACGGCAUCAUCCGGAAGUACACCGUAUUCUGCUCCCACCCCUACCCCACAGUCAUCAGCGAGUUCGAAGCCUCCCCUGACUCGUUUUCCUACAGAAUUCCUAACCUGAGUCGGAAUCGACAGUACAGUGUCUGGGUGGUGGCGGUGACAUCAGCUGGAAGAGGCAACAGCAGUGAGAUCAUCACUGUCGAGCCCCUGGCUAAAGCUCCUGCACGGAUCCUCACCUUCAGUGGGACGGUGACUACUCCAUGGAUGAAGGACAUCGUUUUGCCCUGUAAAGCUGUUGGAGACCCCUCACCUGCAGUAAAAUGGAUGAAAGACAGUAACGGGACACCCAGCCUGGUGACGAUAGACGGCCGUAGGAGCAUCUUCAGCAACGGAAGCUUCAUCAUUCGCACGGUGAAGGCAGAGGACUCGGGCUAUUACAGCUGUGUCGCCAAUAACAACUGGGGAUCAGAUGAGAUCAUUCUAAAUUUGCAAGUUCAAGUUCCACCAGAUCAGCCUCGGCUCACUGUAUCCAAAACAACAUCUUCCUCCAUCACCCUCUCCUGGCUCCCUGGAGACAAUGGGGGUAGUUCCAUCAGAGGCUACAUCCUUCAGUAUUCCGAGGACAACAGCGAGCAGUGGGGUAGCUUUCCCAUCAGCCCCAGUGAGCGUUCCUACCGCCUGGAAAACCUCAAGUGUGGGACGUGGUAUAAGUUCACUCUUACUGCCCAAAAUGGAGUGGGACCAGGCCGCAUAAGCGAAAUCAUUGAAGCCAAAACUCUGGGAAAAGAACCCCAGUUCUCCAAGGAGCAAGAGCUCUUUGCCAGCAUCAACACUACCCGGGUGAGGCUGAAUCUAAUUGGCUGGAAUGACGGGGGCUGCCCCAUCACCUCCUUCACUCUGGAGUACAGACCCUUCGGGACCACAGUCUGGACCACGGCUCAGAGGACCUCUCUCUCCAAGUCCUACAUCCUGUACGACCUGCAAGAGGCCACAUGGUACCAGCUGCAGAUGCGGGUGUGCAACAGCGCCGGCUGUGCUGAGAAGCAAGCCAACUUCGCCACGCUGAACUACGACGGCAGUACAAUCCCUCCACUCAUUAAGUCAGUUGUCCAGAGCGAAGAAGGGCUGACCACCAACGAAGGGCUCAAGAUCCUAGUGACCAUCUCCUGCAUCCUGAUCGGCGUGCUGCUGCUCUUCGUGUUGCUGCUAGUGGUGAGGCGGAGACGGCGGGAACAGAGGCUGAAGCGGCUGAGAGAUGCAAAGAGCUUGGCUGAAAUGCUCAUGAGUAAGAACACGCGGACUUCAGACACCCUAAGCAAGCAGCAACAGACCCUGAGAAUGCACAUCGAUAUACCCAGGGCCCAGCUUUUGAUUGAAGAGAGAGAUACAAUGGAGACCAUAGAUGACCGCUCCACGGUCCUGCUGACGGAUGCUGACUUCGGAGAGGCAGCUAAACAGAAGUCACUGACAGUAACUCACACGGUGCAUUAUCAAUCAGUAUCUCAGGCCACCGGGCCCCUAGUGGAUGUUUCAGAUGCUCGGCCAGGAACGAAUCCCACCACCAGGAGGAAUGCGAAAGCUGGACCUACAGCGAGAAACCGGUAUGCCAGCCAGUGGACACUCAACAGACCCCACCCUACCAUCUCAGCACACACCCUCACCACAGACUGGAGACUGCCCACACCCAGGGCUACAGGAUCCGUAGACAAGGAGAGUGACAGCUACAGUGUCAGCCCGUCACAAGACACAGACCGAGCCAGGAGCAGCAUGGUCUCCACAGAAAGUGCCUCCUCUACCUACGAAGAACUGGCCAGGGCCUAUGAACAUGCCAAGAUGGAAGAACAGCUGAGGCAUGCCAAGUUCACCAUCACAGAGUGUUUCAUAUCCGACACGUCCUCCGAGCAGUUGACGGCAGGGACAAACGAGUACACGGACAGUCUGACCUCCAGUACCCCUUCCGAAUCGGGGAUCUGCAGAUUCACUGCGUCUCCGCCGAAACCUCAGGAUGGAGGCCGAGUGAUGAACAUGGCGGUUCCAAAGGCCCAUCGGCCAGUUCUAGAGACCAGAAGUUCAAAGUCAAGACACCAGCUGACAAAUGUUCCUCUGAGGGCUCUAGGUGACCUCAUACACCUGCCUCCAUACCUUCGAAUGGACUUCUUGUUAAACCGGGGGGCACCAGGCACCAGCAGGGACCUGAGUUUAGGACAAGCGUGCUUGGAACCCCAGAAAAGUCGGACCCUGAAGCGCCCCACGGUCCUUGAGCCCACCCCUAUGGAGGCCUCCUCCUCCACCUCUUCCACAAGAGAAGGACAGCAGUCGUGGCAACAAGGGGCCGUGGCCACCUUACCUCAGCGAGAGGGCGCAGAGCUGGGACAGGCAGCUAAGAUGAGCAGCUCCCAGGAGUCACUGCUGGACCCCCGAGGCCAUUUGAAAGGAAACAAUCCCUACGCAAAAUCUUACACCCUGGUAUAACACAUGGCGUGGCUGGACAGCGGUUGUAAAUACAAUUUAAACGAUCCAAUCAAAGCUACCUUUUUUUUACGGAAUUCCAAUAUUUAUAAUUAAAGAAAAUUGCCAAAAUAUAUUAAAAAAAAAAAAGAAAGAAAAUACUGAAACCACAGACAGUGCAAAGACUACUCUGUUUUCUUCCGUCUGAGUGUGGGCUCCAUCUGCCUGGGCAUCUGAUUUUUGGGGAAAGAAGUCCAGUUUUAUGAUUUUCACAGGCUAUAGCAUUUUUACUGAUUUUCUACAAAGUGCAUGGGGACUCGUUAAACCUUCUGAACAGAAGUUCUAGCACACAAGAGUCAAGAAAGGAAAUGGGGGAAAUUAGCCUAUUUGUGAAUCAAAGAGGAACGUUGCUCUGGGGGCAGGGGAAGCUUUCAUCACCUGUGCACACCUUUCCUUCCCACUAGGAACCAGGUCCUCGGUUUGAUUUUCUGUUAUUAAGGAUGAGUGCUGUCAGUGAGGGGGUGGGGGGAAACCCAUUCGGUCUUCUUUUCUGUUUAUUUUUUAAUUUGAUGAGACACUCUUUGCAUUUUGUCUAAGCGAAAUAAAAGAGAAAAGGUGGUCUGCCUUUAUUUGCAUGUCUACUGAUACCUCCUAUCCAUGGCUCAGGCCUCCUUCCUGCUCAUACUGUUUGUGAACAAAAUGACUGGACCCAGUGCCCAAUCUAGGAAAACGGAUGCGAAAACUCUGAGCAGAAGACACGGCGUCAGCUCUGCGGCUGGAAAACAAACAAAAGGCAGCCUGGUCUCCAUCCAGUAUUCUAAGCCCCUCGCAGGACUCAGGUCCUUGUCCCAUGCAGGACCUGCUGCCAAACUCAUCAGGGUCAGCAGACCAUCUCCAAAUCCAGCGUACUGCUCUUUGUCAAUAAAGUUUUAUUGGAAGAAGCCCAAAGGCCCUUCGCUCCAUUUGCAUUAUCUGUGUUUGCUAUUGUGCUGUGAUGUCAAGUUGAGUAACAGUAUGGCACACUAAGCCCAGAGUAUUCUCUGGCUCUUCACAAGAGAUGCUUGCUCACCCCUUAAGUUCCUCGUUUUCGCCCUGACUUGUGAGGGAAAGGAAGGAAUGUUGUGUCUCACCUCCCUCUCCCUGCCCUGUCUCCACUGUGACUGACAGGUUCACAGUAGACCGUCUUCAGAUGUGACUCCUCCAGCCCUCUCCUUGGCACCCACAGGAAUAUCAGUCCCUAUAUGGUGUUCCUCCAAAUUCUGUAUUUCUUUUCCUUUCUCUCUGUCCAAAUGCCUUGUCAUAGGGCUUAUGCAAACAGAGAGCCUACUCACAAAUGGGAGGUACCAUACCCACAUCCCUUGACUCUUACACAGUGUGCCUUAGAAAGAGCCUGCCAUUCUCUGAGGCAGCAAAACCUGAUUCCAGAUGCCUCCCCUAACAGGCAAGGAGAACCAGGUCUUCACAUUAGAAUUUUGGCAUUGACUGGAAAAAAAAACUGACCCCACGUCCACAGCUUCCAACUUCCCAGUAAUGCCUCACACAAGUUCCUUCUCAGACCUUCUUAAUGCGCCCCCAUGGAAUCCAUCAGCAAAAGCUGGUGUGGUGAUUGCUAUCUGGAACUAGACUACAACACUCCCUUUCCCCUCCCUUUCCACCCUUCCCUCUUUCCAUCUCUUCCAGGCAGACUUUGUGCCUCCUGGGCUUCAGACACACAGAGCACAGGCAGAGCAGGUACCAGACUCCGUCACAGCCAUACAACAGUUCCGACACUAGGGCCUCUGUGGAUGGGAGCGAUGUGCUGCUCGCCAUGGUUUCAGAGCACAAUUUAUCCUUGACAUCCUCACGGAUGUGGAAGGAUCAAGAUGCUACUUUCUAGAGAAAGAAAGACGGACCCUAGCAUCAAUAAGUUUAAAAAGUUGUAGAGUUCCCACCCUUGAAGUGUAUUAAGUUUUUUUUUUUCUCCCAAGAUGUACAAAAAUAAAAGAUUCGACAAUGUCUGCCUCUGCGAUGGAUUGCUUGCAAGAUUCCCGCCUUGGAAACGCUUGUUAAAAUGAAUUCCACAUGCAAGCACUGUAUCAAAACCUUGUCCCCCUGCCUCAAAUAGGGGCCUGAUACUGUCUA